AUUUCUUGCGGUGGCGAUUGGACCUCCUGGGAAUGGCGGUAUCUUGCAAUAUUGGGGAGAUAGACGUUAGCAACAAAGAAAGUAUAUUUCCACUUUGGUUAAGAUGGAGUCGUACAUCAAAUGAUCUUCUAAAAUCCUCGGAGCAAAAACUGCUGUCACGAAUAAAAAGCGGUGUCGAGGCUUUUUUCGUACCUAUUUUCAAUGGCUCCUGCUACAUUAGAACCUUUGUUUUCCGACGUCAUAAAUCGGAUCAAAUAUCGCCUACAGGCAAAAUCACAGAUACAAACCAAGCCAUUCCUAUUGUAUUGGUUCAUGGAUUUGGUUCUGGAUCUGCUCUUUGGUGUAAAAACAUUGAUGCGUUCGCCUGCUAUCGCCCUGUGUAUUCACUUGAUGUUCUCGGAUUUGGACGAAGCUCUCGACCUCCUUUCCCGGUCGACGCCACUGCAGUAGAGGAAAAGUGGGUCGAGUCUAUUGAGCAGUGGAGAUCAUCGUUAAACCUGGAGAAGUUUAUUUUACUUGGCCAUAGUUUGGGUGGUUUUCUAGCUUGUUCUUACGCACUUACUCACUCCAACAGGAUUGCUCAUUUGAUCCUAGCAGAUCCUUGGGGUUUUGUCGAGGAUCCUUUAAAAGUUAAAGAUCAGUCGAAUGUAGGUGCAGCUCAAGCAUGGAUAUUUUCGACUUUCCGUCAAAUGUUCCGUCCCUUUAAUCCUUUAUCCUUUCUUCGUGCUGCCGGGCCUUUCGGGCCUAGCCUUAUCCACUAUUUUCGUCAGGAUCUAAGAGGGUUUUUCGAUCAAAGACCCAUUCGUGUGGAAGAGAUAACAGAAAUACCGCGAGCAGAACAACUUGAAUCGACCCAGAGUUUUCCUUACGAUAAUCACAUUCAGUCAACUAAUGGUGAGGAUGAUGUUUUCAAGCCUCCAUCACCGAUCCACAUAACGAUGAAGACUGGGGGGACCGUCUAUGAUAAAUCAAAUUCCAAUACAAUGGAUUCUAUUGAUUUAAACGAUUUGGAUGGGUCUGUAGCUUUGGAUUACGUCUAUCAUAUUAACUGUCAGCAUCCAAGAUGUGGUCUUUUCUGGAUUAGGGGAAAAUUAAUAUUACGAAUUGUGGUGUUAAUAAUAAUGAACCGAAAAGCGAUUUAUUUCGUAUUCUGUGAUUACUUAACGGUGAAACAGGAUUCAAGUCAUUAUGUAGUUCAGUUGGAUGGCCUCAACGCCCAAUGUUAGACAGAAUUAGUCAACUCGAUCCUAAUGUUCCUGUCACCUUUAUAUAUGGUUCUCGAUCAUGGAUGGAUUUAUCAUCAGGAUAUAGAACUCGUGUAUUACUUCCUAAUUCGUACGUAGAUGUAAAGGUAAUCGAAGGAGCCGGACAUCAAGUGUAUGCUCAGAUGUCUGAAGAAUUCAAUGCUUAUGUAAAUAUGAUUGGACAACGCGUUGACAAUGGUGACUCAUUUACUCCGGGAGUUUAUAAUCCAAAUCCAGACUCUAAAAGAACAACAUUCGUUAAUGGUACGAAUAAAACCCAUGAAAAUAUAGAGUCUCGUGCUAACAACACUUCGAUAAAGGGACAUAAUAGCCGGAUUCGUCAUAAACGUUCGUCUUGUUCAUCACUUCAGGAAGAUACCUCACUGCUAACGCAAUCUAAUCGUUAUAUUCAAAACAGUAAGCAUGUUUUUCCAAAUGAAGAAGCAAGUGACGAAUCAUCCGAUUAACUUUCUUCACCCCAUGAAGCCUAUUUUGCCACUAAUUAUGUAAUUUUACGUCACAUUGAGGUUUGUAUCGCUAAAUAACAAGCUGUGACCUGAGUUUUAUGAAACUGUAAAGUAUUUAAAGUACUCAUGACAUUAAAAUACGAAAACAGCAAUACAAUUCUCAUAAUGGUUUCAGUCUUUCUAGUUCAAAUACACUAUCAAGAGACCAUAAAAUUUAGUGUUUUUAUCUUCCAGUCUCAUCACUGCUCUCCUCAUUUUAUGUUCUUACUUUUGAUAUCUUUCAUUUGAUUAAAAUUCAGCUUUCCCUAUUUUCCCAUAUAAAUGAUCCUGAUAACCUAAUCAGUUUGACAAGUGAAAUUUGCUGCUCGAUACUAAUAAUAAUCAUAAGAUAAAUAAGAUUCACAAACAUUUAUUGUUUAAUUUAGGUACCUAUAAAGUAAUUUGUGAUAAAGAGGAGAUUGAUUCUGAAUAAUCGUUCUCUUUUGUUUAGAAUUAGCAUCUUACAGAGUGUAUAUUAUUUCUCUGAAUCCCCUCUCUCUGAUUGGUUGAAUCAAAAGGUUUCUGUCAUUAGUAACGAUUACCCAGAAAAAUUCAUUUCUCAUUUAUUUGGUUAUUAUUUUUUACGGUACUUUUGCUUUUUACUCAAAAUUUAUUUUGCUCCUUAUGUAUUUUUAUGAUUUAACUAUUUUUUAAUUUGAUUGCUAAUGCAAUAAAUUAAUUAUAUCGUUGA